AUAAAUUGCAACAUUUUUCAAGGACAAGACCAAAAAAAGAGCAGCAAAAAAUGGUGGCUUUAACUCAAAUUCUUGGAUUCUUGAUUAUGGCAAUUGUUGCAUCUGUGGCUUCAGCUGGAGAACCAGUAGUGACAUAUGUGUUUGGUGACUCAUUGACAGAAGUUGGGAACAAUAAUUAUUUGCAAUCUCUUGCCAAAUCUAAUUAUCCUUUUUAUGGUAUUGAUUAUGAAGGUGGAAGAGCUACUGGUAGAUUCACCAAUGGAAGAACUAUUGGUGAUAUAAUAUCUGCCAAACUUGGGGUUCAACCACCACCACCAUAUCUUUCUUUAGCACCAAAUGAUGAUGCAAUAUUACAAGGAGUGAAUUAUGCAUCUGGUGGGGCUGGAAUUCUCAAUGACACUGGACUCUACUUUAUUCAAAGAAUGACAUUUGAUGAUCAAAUAAAGAGCUUUGAGAAGACAAAGGAAGCAAUCAAGGCUAAAAUUGGUGAAGAGGCUGCUGAAAAACAUGUCAAUAAAGCUGUCUACUUUAUUGGAAUGGGUAGCAAUGACUAUGUAAAUAACUUCCUGCAACCCUUUUUAGCUGCUGGACAACAGUAUACACACGACGAGUUUGUAGAGCUUCUAAUCUCAACCUUAGGCGAACAAUUCACAAGACUUCAUCAACUUGGAGCAAGAAAGAUGGUGUUUCAUGGACUUGGACCACUAGGUUGCAUUCCUUCACAAAGGGUGAAAUCCACAAGGGGAAUAUGCUUGAAACAAGUCAAUUUAUGGGUGCAAGAAUUCAACUCAAAAGUAGGAAAACUAAUUGCUUCUCUGAAUAAGCACCUCCCAUAUGCUCAGAUAACAUUUGCAGACACUUAUCCAAUAGUUCUAGACUUGAUUGAGAACCCUUCUGCUUAUGGUUUCAAGAUUUCGAAUACAUCAUGUUGCAACGUGGACACAAGUGUUGGAGGGCUAUGUUUACCAAACUCAAAACUGUGCAAGAAUCGAACAGAAUAUGUAUUUUGGGAUGCAUUUCACCCAACUGAUGCAGCAAAUGCAGUGCUUGCAGAUAGAAUUUUCACCACAUUAUUCAUUGAGGCAUCUAGCCCUGCACCAUCACCUUAUGUUUUUGAAAACAUAGUUGAGAUCCUAUACUAAAGAAUUACACUUUAUGUUGAGUCAAAUGUAUUGAUUAUUCUAUUUGUAAUGAGAAAAUGUACUAGUAAUUGUGUUAUUCAUUCUAUUUCAUAUUGAAGAAUACAAGGUCAAAUCAAAGAUUUGGGGAGAUUCUGGCACAUACCUAAAUAAUUUAAAGAU